UUUUUCUUUUUUACUCCACAUGAAAUCACGGUCAAACAGCUACUAGCUGAGAUUGCACAAUCCUGAAAGCCCGCCCAGCUCAAGCAACUUCUUAAAUUAUACCUAACUUCCUAAAAGUGAAAGUAGACUUUCUCCAACUCUUCAGUCUCAGCAAGCUAAUGUGUUGCAUCUUGUGAUAACACGAAAUGACAGCUAUUGAAGUCCAGGGAAACCCACAGACAUCGAGAACUCGCAGAUCAAUGGGUCUUUUUAACAAUAUCAAGUUUUUUGUACUGUGUCACGGGAUGCUACAACUUGCUCAACUCCUGGUGUCUGGCUACCUGAAAGGCUCCAUAACCACCAUUGAGAAAAGAUACGGAUUUUCAAGUCAGAAGUCGGGACUGCUGGCAGCCUUUAAUGAGGUGGGGAACACAGUUCUCAUUGUGUUUGUGAGUUUCUUCGGGAGCCGUGUGCAUCGACCGAGAUGUAUUGGAAUAGGAGCAAUGAUCGCAAGUGUGGGGGUUUUCCUUAUAGCCCUACCUCACUUCAUUAGUGAGAAGUACACAUAUACAGACUUCACUAGCAACGCCACAGACAACAGUUCAGGACUUUGCCAGUCACUGAACAGUUUCUCUGAGGAAGAAUCUACUCUGCCUUGCGACGAAGUAAAGACUGAUUCUCACCUUGGAGUGUAUCCAAUACUUCUACUAGGCCAGUUACUGCUGGGCAUUGGUGGUGUCCCUAUACAACCUUUCGGGAUUUCCUACAUAGAUGAUUUUGCAGAAAAGAGGAAUUCUCCCUUCUACCUAGGCAUACUUUUCGCAAUUACUGUAAUUGGGCCGGCAUUUGGCUAUGUGAUGUCAUCUGCCCUGCUUCGUUUCUAUGUUGACGUUGACAAGUCUUUAGAUGGUAUAAAUUUGAAACAUGAUGACCCCAGAUGGGUUGGAGCUUGGUGGUUAGGAUUCCUGAUGGCUGCCACCCUCCUUCUCCUGACUUCUUUGCCAUACCUGUUUUUUCCAAGGGAAAUGUCUAGAGAGGAAAUCGCAGAGGCACCUGUGGAGCCAUCCACAGAAAAAAUGAUUGAGGACAGCAAGGCCAAAACUGACACAAUGGAAGAGGUGUCUCUCACUGAAUUCCUAAAAAGUUUCCCCAAAAUAGUAAUGAGGACUCUGAGGAUCCCAAUUUUUUUGUUGGUAGUGUUGGCUCAGGUGAAUCUUGCUGCCAUGGUUGCAGGUCUGGCUACUUUUAUGGGCAAAUUCAUUGAGAGGCAGUUUGCACAGACUGCCUCGUUUUCUAAUUUAAUGAUGGGUGGCUUAAAUAUUCCCUCAGCCAUGUUAGGUAUAAUGGCUGGAGGGGUGAUACUGCGCAAAUUGGGUCUGACUGUGAAGUCCUCAGCGGCCAUGUGUAUGGUGGCGGUGUUCCUUAGCAUUAUGUUUGCAAUUCCACUCCUCUUCAUUGGCUGCCCCACACAAAAUAUUUCUGGCAUCAACUAUAAUAUAUCCUCUCAGCAGUGUAGCAAUGCAUGUUCCUGUUCUGACGAAGCCUUCAACCCUGUUUGUGGCUCAGAUGGAGUAGAGUUCCGCUCUCCCUGUCAUGCGGGAUGUAAGACACCAAUAUUUAAAGAGAAAGUUUUGAACUACACAGAUUGUGAAUGUGUGGCAUCAGCUGGUUCUCCAGGCUUUGCGUUACCUGGACCAUGUGAAAAUGGCUGCAAAAAUCGUCUCAUUCCCUUCAUGAUCCUAUCGUCCAUUACAUGCUUUGUGGCUUCACUUUCCCACACUACAUCUUUUAUGAUGAUCCUCAGGACUGUGACUCCAGAAGACAAAUCUUUUGCCUUGGGAAUUCAGUUCAUGCUGUUUCGAGUGCUCGCAUUUCUUCCAGCUCCAGUGCUGUAUGGCCGUGCCAUUGAUACCGCAUGCAUUAUGUGGGGAAAGAAAUGCCAUAAGAUAACAUCAUGCCGCUACUACGAUUUAGACCUUUUCAGACACAGAUUCCUGGGACUCCAGAUAUUCUUUAUAUUUGGUGGUUUUGUCUGUUUUUUUCUGUCUUUUAUGGUGCUUCGAAAAACAAAUUCAACCCAGGAACAGAAUGAAAAAAUGAACAAUCAGACCAAAAGUGAAAGAUUCCAAGAAAUGAAAGACGCCAAACAGAUUAUGAGCAAUUCAGAUGGACACUGCAAUAAACAAAGGAUCCUUGGAGAGUAAAGAGACAUGUGAAUAGAAUGAUGGGAAUGUCUUUAUGUGGGGUGGAAGUUAGUAAGGCUUAGGAAACCUGGAGUUUUUCAGCUUACCAAAGUACAACUACUCAGAUAGGCCAAGUCUGACACAUGACAAAACCAGACUGUGAACACACUCAUUUCUCCAAACAGCUGGCAUCACUCAGACCUAAUAAUGCAGUGAAAUAAUGUCCACUUUAAAAUACAUGCUUUUGUUUAUGCAUUAUGUCUGUCAGUAAGCCUGAAAUGUUUCCUUUGCUUCUCCUUGGAGUUCAUAUAUUUUUUCUGUGAGCACUCAGUUGUACUUUACACAUUUAAUAUGCAAACAAUGUGAAAAUGUGAGUAGGGUUAUUGAACUCACUAUUUAGUGUAGACAAGGAGCCAUAUGUGUUGAUAUAAACAGACCUCCUGUCAUGGUGCGACUUCUGUGGUGCCUUUUCUUACUGUCAUGUGUUCAUGAUAAGUUUGUUAGUAAUUUUGGAAUGUACCCUAAAACAUUUUUGUUGUUGUUGUAAUGUGUUAGAUCUGUUUAUAUUGGUGCAUCUGAAGCUUUUUGUAUGAUUUGUAUUGUACUAUGGUACAUUUGCGAAUAACCUGAAUAUAUAUGGCAUAUACCUUUCACAUAAAUAUACUGUACAUCUGUUUAAUCAACUAAGAUUUUAUAUCAGUUUUAUUCAAGUAAAUUUUCAGCUUUUAUAAAU